AUGCGGCAUUAGACCUGACCUGGCGUCACGCUGCUGAUUAUGUCAUCCACCAGCGACGCUGAUUACGUCAUCCACCAGCGACAGACGCUUCUGUGCGACAUUUGUUUACAGCACACGAUGGCGUCGGUGGAUUUGAGAGACAACAACCUCCUGGGGAUAUCGUGGGUUGAUAGUGGCUGGGUGCCCAUCCUCAACCCUGGCAACGUACUGGACUAUUUCUCCGAGAGGAGUAAUCCGUUCUACGACCGCACCUGUAACAACGAGGUGGUGAAGAUGCAGCGGCUCACUCUGGAACAUCUCAAUCAGAUGGUUGGAGUGGAGUACAUUCUCCUUCAUGCCCAGGAGCCCAUCCUCUACAUCAUCAGGAAACAGCAGAGACAGUCUCCUACUCAGGUCAUCCCUCUGUCUGACUACUACAUUAUAGCUGGGGUGGUGUAUCAGGCUCCUGAUCUGGGAACAGUUAUUGGAUCGAGAGUGCUGUCUGCUGUCCACGGUGUCCAGUCUGCCUUCGAUGAGGCCAUGUCGUACUGUCGCUAUCACCCAUCUAAAGGAUACUGGUGGCACUUCAAAGACCAGGAGGAGAGAGAUGCUAAAGCCAAGCCGAAGUCGAAGAAGAAAGAGGAACCCAGUUCCCUGUUCCAGAGGCAACGUGUUGACACUCUUCUACUCGAUUUGAGGUCCAAGUUUCCUCCGAUGUUUUAUCAGCCUAAGCCUGGUGAGAAGCCCAUCCCAGUGGAGGUGAAGAAGGAGACUGAACCCCCUGUAGAGCUGGUGAAACAGGAAGAGAGAGAGAGAGAGCCAGCCACCAAGACCUCUGCUCCAGCUCCCCCCAGCAGCAAACCACCUCCAGAGAAACGGGCCAGGCUCCAGUGAUGACCGAUGGCCACUCCUGUAUAUAUUUCUGAUUAUGUCCAUCCUUCAAAGAAAAUAACAAGGAAAAAACCAAACUCACAUUGCUCUUGCCAGUAUCACCUUUUGUUAAUUCUAGCAAGGCACACUGAAAGGACAUAUGGGACAGGUACAACCCUACCUUUUGUUAAUUCCUCUCCUCUUGGCCUUCGUCAUGAUGUCCAUUCUCACAUUGGCAAGGCACACUGAAAGGACAUAUGGGACAGGUACAACCCUACCUUUUGUUAAUUCUAGCAAGGCACACUGAAAGGACAUAUGGGACAGGUACAACCCUACCUGACUGAACAAGGCUAAGGAAGUGGUUUGUGUCUGAUGGAAGGUGUGUGGAAAUGGACCGACAUCCCAGUUUCCAGACCUAACAGACCAUAACAACCCAUCAUCCUGUUUCUGAGGGGCCUGGCAUUAGGCAAAUGAAUAAGUCACACAUGGCAUCCUAUUCCCUACAUAGUGCACUACUUUUGACCAGGGCCCUAAUAGGCCCUAGUCAAAAGUAGUGUAUUAUAUAGGGAAUGGGGUGCCAUUUGGGAUGCUGGCAUGAGCAGACGAUAUGAGUUGUCUGUCCCAGUACCAGACCUCAUGGGACAUUCCAUCCAUGUUCUAGAACUGUCUAGUUACUGACAACAUGUACAUCUUACUAUCGCCCCAAGACUUCUCUCUGUGAUGACGCUAGAGGUGAGAGGUUAAGGACCCGAGUGGAUUUGCAGUUUGCAGUUUAACAUGGAAACUGAGAUCACCGGUAAAUCUCUAUGCACUGUUGACAUCAGCAGUAUCUUACUCAGUCGUGACUGUGGGGAGACUUGUUUUUUUUUUUGGCGUUAUCUCUGAAACAUAAAUACACAUCCACACAAUUAUUUCUUUCAAUAUGUAAUUGUUUUUUUCCACGUCAAGUGAUCCUGAAUCCAUUGUCUGUUUUCAUUGGAAAAAAAAUAAUGUUUCAUGCUUUUCUGAAUAUAAUAAUUUUCAAAAAUUC